AAUGUUGAAAGGACCCUCAUCUCUUAUUAACUAAAUCCAACCAGCUACACUAUCUAAAGAACUCGAAUCGGUCAAAUCAAAACAAAUCAUAGCUGCAUUUGCAUCCUAAACAUAACAUUUAUGAAUUUAUCUACUUUAGCUGAAAACUUAACAUAAUUCUAGUAUUAUUAUUAUCCUGCUGUGUCCCAUAUUGCAAUAUUGUAAACCUGAUUGUUAAUUUUAACAUUUUUCUACAAAGUCAAAUCAACUCCAAUUGUGUUUACAGAAUCGCAAGAAUACCUCUCAGUUUUAAAUUUUAAUAUUAAACUUGUCUUACCAGCAC